CCCGGACCUGCCUCCGCCUCUUCCUCCGGCGGCUCCAUCCUGCCUCCCGCGCCUCGUCCUCCCGCCGCCCCCGCCGCCGCGCCCCCGGUGGCUGCCUCGGCGGACCCGGGAGGGGGCCCGUCCGCCGCCCGCUCGGCUCGGCCCGGCCCGGGAGGCGUGCAUGCCCCGGCUGCCCGCGGCGCUCACCAGCAGCAUGCUCUAUUUCCAGAUGGUGAUCAUGGCAGGGACGGUGAUGCUGGCGUACUACUUCGAAUACACGGACACGUUCACUGUGAACGUGCAGGGCUUCUUCUGCCACGACAGCGCCUACCGCAAGCCCUACCCGGGCCCGGAGGACAGCAGCGCCGUGCCCCCCGUGCUCCUCUACUCGCUGGCCGCCGGGGUCCCCGUGCUCGUGAUAAUAGUUGGAGAAACUGCUGUGUUUUGCCUACAACUGGCCACAAGGGAUUUUGAAAACCAGGAGAAAACUAUUUUAACUGGAGACUGUUGCUAUAUAAACCCACUGGUGAGGAGAACUGUGCGAUUUCUUGGAAUUUAUACGUUUGGACUGUUUGCUACAGACAUCUUUGUAAAUGCUGGACAAGUAGUUACAGGAAAUCUGGCUCCACAUUUUCUCGCCCUGUGUAAACCCAACUACACGGCACUUGGGUGUCAGCAGUAUACGCAGUUCAUCAGUGGGGAAGAGGCCUGCACGGGCAACCCGGAUCUCAUCAUGAGAGCAAGGAAGACAUUUCCAUCCAAAGAAGCGGCUCUCAGUGUCUAUGCAGCUAUGUAUCUGACAAUGUACAUUACCAACACAAUCAAAGCCAAAGGAACAAGACUUGCUAAGCCCGUUCUAUGCCUGGGCUUAAUGUGUUUGGCCUUUCUUACUGGGCUCAACAGAGUAGCAGAAUAUCGAAAUCAUUGGUCCGAUGUGAUAGCAGGCUUUCUGGUUGGAAUAUCUAUAGCAGUAUUUCUGGUCGUGUGUGUGGUAAAUAAUUUCAGAGGAAGACAACCAGAAAAUGAGCAUAUACACACAGAUAAUCUGGCACAGAUGCCAAUGAUCAGCAUUCCUCGAGUAGAAAGUCCUUUGGAAAAGGUAACAUCUGUACAGAACCACAUCACUGCCUUCGCAGAAGUCACAUGAUAUUGAAGCAGAUGGUCCUUCACUGCAUUGGACAUCGUCCCUUUUCACCAUCCAUUCAUAACACCCAAAGUGUGUUUGAUGACAAAAAAGUUUAUCAAGUUGUCUAAUCAUUUUUAUAAUUUAAAAAUCAGUGUCAACUUAUCUGUUUCCCCCACUAGACUGUGAGCUCCUCAAGGGCAGGACUGUGUCUUUCUUCUCUGUCUCCCCAGCACCUAUAACAAAGCCUCACACAGAGUAGGCAGGUGUUCAAUAAAAAAUGAUGACCAAUGAACAAAAAUUAAUUCUGAAAUAAAACCUUCACUUCAGUUUCUCACAGAAUCACUGAGACCAUGUGAAAAGAAACCUCUUCGCGAGUCACAUUUGUGUAAGAAGUCCCUCUAUUUUGAGCUAGUCAAGCUUUUUAAUUUUUCAUGUAUCUUCUAUUCGGCAGCAUACCAUGUUUCAUUUGAAGUGGACUUUGAAAGUCAUGGGGGUUUUUAUUUCAUUAUUCAGCAUGACUUAUUUCCAUUCUAACAGAUUUCAGUGUGUGAAAUUACUUUACGUUUAGAAAGUAUGUUCUGUACUAAAAUAAUGUUUGCACAUAAUAUUAUGCUAUAUUUCACUUAAAAUACCAUUCAUACUAUAAAUUCUAAGACUGGUGCUUCUGCUUU